UUUUUCAUUUUCUCCUUCUUCUUUUCCACCAUCUUUUUUUUUCUCUUCCAAUUUUCCUCUCAACAAUCUUUUUACCUUACUACAUUUAUCAAAUCUUCAAAAAAAAGUUUGCAUUUUUUUUAAAAUUUUUUUUCUUGAUUUUAGCUUAACAAGAAUAAAUACAAUUUUUUCACAAUAUUUUUGUUUUUUUUGUAUAUUUUCAUUUCACUUUUGGUGAAGAAAUUAAUAAUACAAGUUUUUAUUAGCUCAUAAAUUCUUUCUUGGAUUCCACCGAUAAUUUCCAGGAAUCCAAAAAAAUACUAUCUUUAUUUAUUUUUAUAAAAAAAUAAUUGGGAUUUGAUGUUAAUGUUCAAGAAUGAACAACCCCACAUUGGAAUCUUGAACAUUUGUUGAGCUUAUUGGAAUUCUGGGGUUAAAGAUUUGAUUUAAAAAAAAAAAAAAAGAAUCUAAAAAAAGAUAGUUUUUUUUUUUUCCUUUUUUUGUUUUGUUUUUGGAAUCUUGAAAUGUUUGUUUGUUCAUUUUGGAAUGUUCUAUAAGUAUUGUUGUGUUAUUUUGUUGUUGAUUUUAGCUCAAGAAUAAUAAUAAGUAGAAGAUUCUUGAAAAUUCCAUUUUAAAUGAUUGAAAAAGAUUCAGUUUGAGGGAAGAAAUACAAGUUUUAUUAGCUUAGAAUCCCAUUUUAUUGUUAGUUUUUGGUUAAUAGAAAUCGAAGAUUAUAUCGAGGAGUUCGAGGUUUUAUUGCAUAUAUUUUGAUUGGAAAAUGUUUAUGUUGAGAUUUGAUGUUCAUGUUUAAGAACCCCUUGUAGGAAUUUUGGACUUGUGUUGAACAAUGUUGCCUUAGAGACAUUUGUGGCAUUGUUCAUGUUUGAAUGAAACUACAUUGUACAAAGGAAAGUUACUAAAAAUAGAAACUUUGAGGGAAGAAAUCAAGUUAAUGGAAAUCGAAGAUUAUAUCGAGGAAUUUGAGGUUUUAUUGCAUAUAUUUUGAUUGGAAAUUUUCAUGUUGAGAUUUGAUGUUCAUGUUUGAGAACCCCUUGUAGGAAUCUUGAAUCUGAAUUUGAGUUUUUUGGGAUUGUGGGGUUGAACAAUGUUGCCUUAGAGGCAUUUGUUGCUAAAAAUAGAAACUUUGAGGGAAGAAAUACAAGUUUUAUUUGCUCAGAAUCCCAUUUUUGAUUUUGUUUUUCAUAGAAGUGAUCGAAGAUAAUAUCGAAGGAUUCGAGGUUUUAUUGGAGAUUUUCAGGUUGAGAUUUGAUGUUCAUGUUUGAGAACCCCUUGUAAGAAUCUUGAAAAUUCGAAGCUGAUUUUGAGGUUUUUGGGAUUGUGGGGUUGAACAAUGUUGCCUUAGAAACAUUGUUCGACAUUGUUCAUGUUUGGAUGAAACUACAUUGUACAAAGGAAAGUUACUAAAAAUAGAAACUUUUGUUUCCCACUUUAUUGGAAUUUAGAAAUGUUGUCUGUUUCGGCGCCUUCUAGAACUCUUAGUUCUUUGGAAGAAAUGUUGGAGUCCCUUAAGCAAAGGGACGAGAACGAAAAGCCUAAAGAUUGUCCACCAGCAUUACCAUCUAGGCCUAAACUAGCUUCUAGAACUAGGCCGCCUUCUCCAAAGAGAGCGAAGCCUACUACCCCUGAAAAACGCGACGUUGGAUUUGAGAAUGGUAAAAGAGAAGAAGAGGUUAAAGGGAAUCGAGGAAACGUGUUUGGAGCUAAAAAGGGUAAAGAGGUGGAUUCUAGUAGUGAGUCACCUUAUGUUAAUUCAUCAGCUCAAAAGGAAUAUAGAAAGAGAUUUUGGGAAAAAGACGGUGCAAAGAUUGAUAAAAAGUUUCCUUAUUCUCUCCCAAAGUUUCGCGAGGAUGAGUGGGACGACAACAUCAGUUAUUUUAUUGAGAAGAAACUUCGCGUUUGGUGCCGUCUGAAAAAUAGACAAUGGGAACCAGGACAGGUGCAAUCAACUUCAGGAGACGAAGCUUCAGUAUUGCUCUCUGACGGCAGUGUUGCGGCAGUGCCUGUCGGAGAGCUUUUACCUGCAAAUCCAGAUAUUCUUCAGGGCGUGGAUGAUCUCAUACAACUUUGUUACCUUAACGAGCCAUCAGUUCUUCACAACCUCCAAUAUAGAUAUGCUCAGGAUCGAAUAUAUACUAAGGCAGGACCUGUUCUAAUAGCCGUCAAUCCCUUCAAAGAGGUCCAACUGUAUGGGAACAAACUUGCUACGGCUUACAGGAAGAAACUCGUGGAUAGUCCUCACGUUUAUUCUAUCGCUGAAACUGCCUACAGUCAAAUGAUGGAAGAUGACAUAAAUCAAUCCAUCAUCAUAAGCGGGGUAAGUGGAUCUGGGAAGACGGAAACAGCAAAAUUCGCGAUUGAAUAUUUGGUCAUGAUUAGCGGAGGCAACAAUCAGCUGGUAGAAAGUGAGCUGCUGCAGACAAGUUGCAUAUUGGAGGCUUUUGGGAAUGCCAAAACCCUCAGGAAUAACAACGCCAGUCGAUAUGGAAGGUUGACUGAAAUUUAUUUUAGUGCAGAGGGAGGAAUUUGUGGUGCUAACGUACAAACAUUUCUUCUUGAAAAGUCGAGAGUGGUUCAGCUGGCUCGUGGAGAGAGGUCUUACCAUAUCUUUUACCAGCUAUGUGCUGGGGCUCCUUCUGCUUUGAGAGAUAAACUUAAGCUGAAAGGUGCUUCGGAAUACAACUUUCUCAACCAGAGUGAGUCCUUGGUGAUCCAUAAUGUUGACGAUGCGAAAAAGUUUCAUAUGCUUGUGAAAGCGCUAAACGCUGUGGGGAUUUCCGAAAGAGACCAAGAACAUGCUUUUCAGAUGGUUGCGGCUGUGCUAUGGCUGGGAAACAUAACAUUUCAAGCAGUUGGAAAUGGAAACAAUGUCGAAGUCGUGCAAAGUGAAGCCGUUAUAAAUGCUGCUACCUUGAUGGGCUGUUAUGCCAAUGACCUCAUGCUAGCUUUAUCAACCAGGAGAAUGCAAGCUGGCAAGGAUAAGGUAGUCGAGAGUUUAACCAUGCAACAGGCAAUCGAUACAAGAGAUGCAUUGGCGAAGUUCAUCUAUGCAAACCUGUUUGAUUGGAUAGUGGAUAAAAUUAAUAAAUCUCUUGCGAUGAAUAAAGAGAAAACCGGUAGAGCCAUAAGUAUUUUAGAUAUUUAUGGUUUCGAAUCAUUUGAGAAAAAUAGCUUUGAACAAUUUUGCAUCAACUAUGCAAAUGAGAGGCUCCAGCAGCAUCUUAACCGACAUCUCUUCAAACUUGAGCAAGAAGAAUAUGAAUUAGAUGGAAUCGAUUGGACGAAAGUAGACUUUCAAGACAACCAGGAGUGCUUGGAUCUUUACGAGAAGAAACCCAUUGGGAUAAUAUCUUUAUUGGAUGAAGAAUCAAAUUCUCAUAAAGCGACCGACUCGGCCUUCGCCGAUAAGCUUAAGCAGCACCUGAAAGCUAACCCUUGCUAUACCGGAGAUAGAGAAGAAUUUGGCAUUCGCCAUUAUGCUGGAGAGGUUAUCUAUGACACAAGUGGCUUCUUGGAUAAGAAUAGAGAUACAGUGCAUUCCGACAUUAUUCAGCUACUCUCAUCGGGUAGUGAAGACUUGCUCAAGUUGUUUGCCUCUUCGUUUGCUAAUCAGUCCGAGACAACAGGAAGUCCAUCAAUUCAUAUCGAGAUAUCAGACUCUCAGAGGCGAACAGUUGCUACUAAAUUUAAGGAUCUAUUGUUCAAAUUGAUGCAGAGGUUGGAAAGUACUGCUCCACACUUCAUUUGUUGCAUAAAACCAAACAACAAGCAGGUUCCUGGCAUGUACGACAACGAUCUCGUCUUUGAGCAGCUUAGAAGCUAUAGUCUUCUUGAUGUUGUUCGGAUCUCUAGAUCUGGAUAUCCUACUAGGAUGACACAUCAAGAAUUCUCUAAAAGGUAUGGUGUUCUUCUUCCAGAAGACGAUGAACGCAAAGAUCCCUUAAGCAUAUCAGUUUCUAUUCUGCGGAAAUUUGAUAUCCUUCCGGAAAUGUACCAAGUUGGGUAUACAAAGUUAUAUUUCUGGGCAGGACAAAUUGCGACGCUGGAGGAUGUAAGGAAACAAGUUCUCCAAGGCACUCUCGAUGUGCAGAAGUGCUCUAGUGGUCAGCAUGCUCGUCGUCACUUCCCUGAGCUAGAAGGAGGAGUGAUCAUACUUCAAUCAUUUGUUCGUGGUGAAAUUGCUCGGAGGCAGUAUAAGGAUUCUCUGGAGUCGAAACCGAAAGUUGCUAAGAAAGAAAAUGAUGAGCAGCUGGUGGCUGUUGUGCAGAUACAAUCGGCUAUUCGUUGCUGGUUGGCUCAGAGGCAUCGUAAUCGACUGCAGAAUUUGAAAAGGUCAAAUCAAGAUGCACAGAAACCACUCAGAAAGACUUCGGAGGUGAAGCAGGAUUUGCCUGUUGUGGAAGACCUCGAAAGGCGUGUAUUGGUGGCUGAGGCAACACUUGAAGAGAAGGAAAAGGAAAAUGCUGCUCUAAAGGAACAAGUAAAACAAUUAGAGUCCCGAUGGUCGGAUUAUGAGGUCAAGAUGAGGUCGAUGGAGGAGAUGUGGAAAAAGCAAAUGGCAUCAUUGCAGGCAAGUUUGGCUGCAGCCAAGAAGAGCCUCGGUGUUGACAAUCACGCCAGUCACCCUGGAAAACCUGAAGGUUCCCCAUCUCCUUGCGGUUAUGAAUCUGAAGACACAACGACAUCUAUGGGCACUCGUACUCCUGGGGGCAGCACUCCUAUAGAAUAUGCUAGCAACGGUGUAGAUAACGGAGGUAAUAGAGAUAUGAUUAAUGACGGUUUGCUUGUAGUCAGUUGCCUUAACAGGGAGCUUGAGCUACGGAAACAACAUUUUGAUGACGAAGCCUUGGCAAUCGCUCAGUUGAAGUCAGGACAGUCACAAUCUACUAGUCCUGCUGAAGAUUUCCGAAGACUAAGACGCAGGUUUAAGGAAUGGAAAAAAGACUAUAAGGCUCGGUUAAAGGAGACAAAGUCGAAAGUGCACAAGCUUGGUUAUUCAGAAGCGGAGAAAACUCGUAGAAAUUGGUGGGGAAAGAAGAGCAAGCGAUAACAACAACAACAACAACAACUUUAAAUCAUUCUUCUUCUUUGUCAUUGUCUUUGUGUGCGAAAAUGUAUAGAUGAAACUUCUUAGUGUAGCAGAAUUUAGCGGAGACCGGGGAAUGUACUGUGCUCCGAAAAGAUCCACUCUCUCCGUUUAGAUAGUUUUAGUCUUGUUAGUAGACACUGUUAGCUUCUUCAAAUACAUCUAUAGACUGUUGCAGAAGUUGUCAUCUAUGUUGCUCGGACUCUUCAAAAAUGUCAGUGGUUGCGUGUUGGAUUCGCCAAAAGUAGUGUAUUUUUGGAGAAUCCGACACGGGUGCGGCAUCAAAAGUGAAGUGUGUGUGCAACUUAGGUUGUCAUACAUCAGUUGCAACUGCAGAAUAAUGGUUUUGUUUUUACUAGUCAA